AUGUCAGAGGGCCAGGUGGCGGGAAUCGGGGCCAUCUUAGGAUACGACUCCAACAGGAGGGUUGUGGUUACCAAGAUGUUGCCAAGAGGGACCGCGGCAACCUCUGGCAUGGUGCAAGUAGGAGACGAGAUCGUCAAGAUCGACUCGCAGGAGGUGAAGGAGGUUGCACAAGCUUCCAGUCUCCUUAAAGGAGAAUCAGGAUCGAUGGUGCGGCUGAAACUGAGGCGCUUCGUUGCAGCCAAGAAGACUUCGAUCAACUUGGACUGCACUCUCGUCCGAGAAGUCGGGAACGAGCAUGUGCUCCAGCAGGAGCACCAUGGGUUCCAGGGUGUGAACCACAACAGAAACGAGAUGUCGGGGAAGGACAUCUACGAUAGGAUGGUUCAGGGGCAGAUGAAGAUCAACGAGAACAUGGUCCAUCACAAGGAGGAGAAGGCUUCUCAGGCCGACGCGCUGUACGCGAAACUCACUGCCAAGGACGAGGAGAAGAAGCAGGGAGGAGGUCACUCGCAUUUCUGGGGGCACAAGCAAGAGCCAGCGAAGAAGAGCGAGGAGCCGAAGCAGAGCGGGUUCAGCAUGUUUGGGAACAAGAAGAAGGAGGAGAAGGCAAAAUCAGAUGACUUUCUAUCCAAUCCCGUCGACUAUGUCUUCGGCAAGCCGAAGCCUCCGAGCAUGUAUCAGCGUACCAAGGAGAACAUGAUCGAUCAUGCCAUAGAUUACAAGAAGGAGAGGAUCGUACAGAAAGACAACUCCCGGCGAGCUGGGCAUCACAUGUGGCCCUGGGAGGUCAAGAACCACGACAAAGAUUGGCUGGAGCAAGACGUUCCUGGCCCCUUCGACUCGUGCUUUCAAUCUCGCAAGAAAUGA